CCUGUCAAACGAGUGAAAAUUUCAAAACAAAAACAAAUUUUUGGUUUCGCUCAUAUUGUUCAUUUUAAUUUAAACAAAAUGCAAUUUAUUGGCAGAGUAAUGUGGAUAUUGUUUCUAGGUGUCUGUUCGUUUAAUCAUUCAAUGGCCAUUGAGCUGAAGGGAUUACGAUUUUUAAUUAAUUUGAUAAGUGGCGAUUUCAUGGAAACAAAAUCACAAAACGAAUUAGAUCCACAGUCUUCAAGCUAUAUGGUGUCGAAAGGUCACACCGAAUACAAUUUUCUCAGUUUCAUCACGUACGAAGACACCAAAAAAUGUUUGCUGUACGAAAACGCAGCUGCAUCGGACCAGGGCAACGACGGGAAAAAAACACCGAUCAAAGUCAAGUGUAUACCCGGGCAAGGCAACGGGACGCUGCAAAUAAUCAAUUCGUUGAAAGAAGUUGUGACCAUGCUGGCACCGCAUGGUAACAAGACAAAACGAAUGGACGAAGGGAAUUGUGCGCUAGUCCUAUUUUACACCAGAACGUGUCAGGGGUCAGCACUUGUCGCACCUCAUUUCAAUGCAGUGUCCAGGCAAUUUCCUGAUAUCAAAAUUGGAGCUAUUGAUGCACUGCGUUUCCACAGUCUGAAUACUGAUUUUGGCAUCGUGGGCUUACCGACAGUAAUGCUAUUUCAUCAAGGUCGUCCGGUCAUUAAAUUCAACAUGACCACCUACACAGCCAUACAGUUUGCGAAUUUCGUUACAAAGCAUACCGGACUGUCGCCUCUAUCAAAUGUGUAUGUUACAUCCGACGAUUUUCACGGUCCACUUCCGAAUAAAGUGGAAAUCGAAACCGAUUACUGUCUGUAUUUGGCGUGGACAUUUAUCGUUGUGUGCGCCUGCUACUACUUUACAAAGUCGCGAUUCUACAUUCAAAUUGUUGAAAUGAUAAAAAGGAAUUGGAGGGAAUCCGGUGCACAGCAUGAAAGGCGGCUUUGAA